ACUGCCUGGCUCCGUCAUUCCUGGAUGUCAUCCUGCCCUGAGGCGCUGUUGGCUGAGCUCCAUCAUCCAGCCCAGAGUCAAGCUUUGGAAACAUAAUAACGUCACCACAUGCAAACUGUGGUUCUAGCGGAGAGAAUGAGAGCGGAACGUAACUCGGCGUCGGGCACAAGGCUUUGCUUCUCUGUGAAUUCAACGCUAGAUACAGCCGUGGCUCUCUUGUAAACAUUUCCCUGUUGUGCAAGCACAUGUUGUGCCCAUGGAGCAGAAUUGCCAUCUUCGCUCCAGUGGGGAAAUAAACAUGGACACAGGAGAGGACCUGUCAUGCUUAAAGAUGGAGGGGAUCAAGAUGGAAGAUGCUGACUCAUGCACCGGUCUCUCAGAUGAGACACGCCAACAUCUGUCAAUCAGUGAUGGACCGUCCAGCAGCUGCACUAAAGCCAGAGGCAAGUUUAGGCCAAGGCUCCUGGCUACCAAAAGCUUCCCCCCUUACAGCCAGUGCAUCGGUGGACUGGGAGAAGACGAGGACUGGGACAGCUAUCUCAACUCAGACUCGCCCCUGGCUUGCCAGUCGAAUGCAAAGAAGGAGAAACCUGUAGCUUAUGAGGCGGAUGACACUGCAAAGUAUUCCCGGGAUGUUCUCAGAGCCAAAUGGAAGUCAAGGAGGAAAGAGAAAUUAGGAGGCAGCUUAGACGUUGGCACAGAUGGCUGCGAUAGAGGGAGGCUGAGUGGGAAGAGGAGGGUGGAGAACAGUGGAAUACAAGGAGAACACUGUGACGAGGAUGAGGGGAAACACCGGAGAGGGAAAAGCUCCAGUUUGAAGAGAGGAGGGAGCAGUGUGGAGAAGGAAGAAGGGAAACCUUCUCCCAUUCUCCCCUCAGCUCAUUCUGCAACUCAUGAGAACAGCAGCAGUGUGGAGGACCCCGAGGGGCAGAACCGGGAGGAUGAUGAGGUGACGGAGCCCUCAGGUCAUCGGCAUCCAAUCCUCUCCAAGCUGUUGCACUCCUCCACCUCCUCGUCCUGUUCCUCUAUCAACCUCUCAUCAGACAGCGACGAGGUCUUCAGUGACCUAGAUGACGCCGUGUCUAAAAGAAAAACCUUCAAGAAGAGUCGCACAUGGAAAACCUUCCUGACCAUGAUGCACUGGUCACUCAAGCGACAGAGCUCCUGGGUUCAGCUAGCUGGACAUCAAGGUAAUUUUCAGGUUAGUAAAGGAGGGGAGGUGCUGAAGCUGUACAGUGAACUGGAGGCGAAGUGUCUGGACAGCCUGAUGAGAGAUCCGCUGAGGCCUUUUGUCCCGCAGUACUAUGGUUUGGUCACCAGAGGGGAGCACUGCUACAUCCGCCUGGAGGACUUGCUCAACGGCCUGAGGAGGCCUGUUAUCAUGGACUGCAAGAUGGGAGUCAGGACAUUCCAGGAGGAGGAACUGAUCAAAGCUCAAACCAAGCCCAAUUUGAGGAGCGACAUGUACCAGAAGAUGGUGAAAGUCGACCCAUCAGCACCAACGGCCGAGGAACACGAACAGAAAGGAGUGACAAAAUGGCGCUACCUACAGUGGAGGGACACAACCAGCUCCACGUCCACUCUGGGCUUCAGGAUUGAGGGCAUCAUGAUGGAGGAUGGAACUGUCCAACGGGAUUUUAGAAAAAUUCACACCUUGACUCAGAUCACAGAGGCGUUACUCUACUUCACCAGGAGUCAACUGGACACUCUGAACGCGUACCACUCUAGACUCGUGGAUCUGAAAGAUGCACUCAGGAGUUCAGAGUUCUUUCGAAAACACGAGGUUAUUGGCAGCUCACUCCUCUUUGUACACGACCACAGCAAGGCCAGUGUUUGGAUGAUAGACUUUGGGAAAACGAUGCCUCUUCCUGACUCAAAGGAGGUCCAGCACGGCAUCCCUUGGGUUGAGGGGAACAGGGAGGACGGCUACCUGAUCGGUCUGACCUCCAUCCUCACGGCUCUGAGCCAGGCCAUCAGCCUGGCUGAGGGGCAGCAGGAGGGCAGCUGAGUGGAAACAUGGAAAGUGUGAAACAUGAAGUUCUCAGAGUGUCUGUGACACCAGCACCUGGACUCAGGGAUAAAGCAGGAACAAUGGCUGCUUCAAUGAAGCUGAAAUUCAAAGACAUAUGAAGUGGAAGCUAGUCUUGCUUAUUGUACAUCUGGUAUGUACAUACGUACGCCAACAGUGGAAAGGGCUUUUGUUAUAUAUAAAGUUAUUUUGUGUGUGUUUUUGUAUUGCAUGUUAUAUUUAAAACAUUUUAAGUAUCUUUAAGAAUGACAUCACGCACAACCUCAUGUUCUGCCUGUUUUAAGUCAGUACGUUUGUAUGUUUAAUGGUAGCUGUGCUUUUUGAUAAGGAACUGAUAAAAACGUGUUGCUUUUCAUGAUCUAUGAAAAAAUAUAUAUACAUAUAUUUUAUUCCAAUUAAAUGUUUUCUUAUUUUUUACUUUUGGUCUGGUAGUCAGACAUUUCAUACUCUUAUGGUAUGGCAGCCCAUGUUAAGUUAACUAAACAACUGCAAAACUCUGUCCACCUCAUUACUACAUAGAUAUUUGGCACAAAAAAUAAGGGAAUGUGUGUGUAAUCAAUUCUGUGCAGCAACAAGAUUUUUAAGCAAUAAAUCUUAAGUAGUUGUAAAGUCUAUUUCUUUUUAAUUGGCAGAUCAUUUGUAAUAAAAAUGCAUUUGU